AUGUCGUCGCAGGGCGGAUCGGCGUCCAUGCCGCGCCUGUGCACUUCGUUUGCCAAGGGCGACUCGCUCGAUCCAUUUUACUCGGGUGGAGCUGUUGCUUUGACCACUGAUGCGUCGUGGAUUGCCGCGACUUUUGGCUCUGAUGUGCACGUCGUUGAUGUGUCGACAUCGCGCAUUCUGCACAAGCUGCCUGGUGAUGGCGAAGAUAUCAAUAGCCUCGUGCUUUCGAAGAACGAUGUGUUCCUGGUGACAGCCUCGCGCUCCCUGGCCCUGCACUUUUACCAGCUUCCUGACAUGACGUUAGUGCGAACGAUUGCCAAGGCGCAUGAAGCACCGAUUGCCCUCAUGGCAGUCGACCCUACCUCAAGUUUGCUUGCGACAGGCAGUGCCGAUGGCAGUGUCAAGGUAUGGGAUAUGAAAGGCGGGUUCUGUACGCACGUUUUCCGUGGGCAUGGCGGCGUGGUGAGUGCGCUGUACUGGCAUGUUCAAGCGCGUCAACCUGGGACGAAGCAACGUACUGUGCAGCUGAUCACCGGAUGUGUCGAUGGCAAAGUGCGUGUAUGGGACUUGCACGGCUCGGCUCAAGCGUCCGCCAAGCCCACUGCUGUGCUGAGUGCCCAUGCAGGUGUUGUGCGUGGCAUCGGUAUGGCCGCCGAUGGCCAAACGCUGGUCAGUGCGGCGCGUGACCAAACGAUCGUGUUUUGGGACUGGAAAGAGGCACGUUGGCACCGCCGUGAUAUCCAGCUGGCGCAGGAGCGUAUUGAGGCGCUGCAUUUCGUUCCCUCGUCGCCCUACUUCUACACGGCAGGCUCGCAAGGCGCACUGCGACUGUGGCACGUCCAGACGGGUGCAGAAGUGCAUCGUGCCAUCGUUAUGGAGCCUGACGAAGAGGAUGACGAGCUGCAUGGCCUUACCGAUGCACUCCUGGCGCCCACGGCCAAUGUCAUCAUGAGCGUCUCUGCGACCCAGGAUAUGGCAUUGUAUGCGAUCGAUGCUACGACGCCGAGCCUGACGCAGACGCGCCAACUCGUCGGUUACAAUGAUGAAAUUGUGGACCUAGCUGUGGUCGACGACCGAUUCCUUGCCGUGGCGUCGAACAACACGCAGCUGCGUAUCUACAAACUCGAUACCCAGGACCACGACGUGGUGCUUGUGGAUGGACACAGCGAUAUGGUGCUUUGCCUUGAUACGAGUCCCGAUCAACAGUGGCUCGUAAGUGGCUCCAAAGACCGUACAGCGCGCGUAUGGGCGCGCGUAAGCGAGCAGCGCGAUGGCUGGGCCUGUCUGGGUGUGUGUGAAGGCCAUGCAGAGAGUGUCGGUAGCGUGGCGAUGGCACGACAGACGUUGCCUGACUCGGGCCGCACACCGUUUGUCGUAACGGCCAGCCAGGACCGCACCGUCAAGCUGUGGGACUUGACCUCGUUGACUCUCAAGGACCGCGCGACGAAACUCUCGUCGCUACUGACCCUCAAGAUCCACGACAAGGACAUCAAUGCGAUCGAUAUUGCGCCCAACAAUGCCAUGCUGGUCAGUGGCUCGCAAGACCGCACGGCCAAAGUCUUCCGCAUACACUACACGCCGCCCUCGAAAUCAAAUGGCCACUGUGCGAGCGCCUCGUUGGAAGCGCUGGCGACCUGCCGUGGCCACAAACGCGGUGUAUGGUCCGUCCAGUUCUCACCCGCCGAGCAAGCGUUUGCCACGGCCUCGAGUGAUCAGACGGUUCGCAUGUGGAGUCUCAAAGACUUUAGCUGCGUGCGUGUGUUUGAGGGGCACACAGGUAGUGUGCUGCGUCUGCGGUAUUUGCCGGGCGGUGCCCAAAUUGCCUCGUCGGCCAACGAUGGUCUGUUGAAAGUGUGGAAUGUGCGUGACGAGGCAUGUGCGGUCACAAUUGAUGCGCACGAGGACAAGGUAUGGACCUUGGCCGUACGAAAGCGUACCGAGGCCACGUCGCCCCUGCAGCUGAUUAGUGGCGCGGCGGAUAGUACCAUGGCGAUCUGGAACGAUACCACGGCCACGGUCGAGGCGGAAAAGGCACAGCAGGCCAAGCUGGCAGUCGAGCGUGAGCAGGAAUUCUCCAAUCUCGUUCUCCUGAAAGACUACCGCAAUGCUAUUGCGCUGGCCUUCCAACUGAAUCAGCCACGGCGUUUGCUACAGCUGUUCACGCAAGUCGCCUCCUCGCGUCCUGACUACGAUGCCAUGGCUUCGAUGGACCGCCUGCUGGCCGAUGCGUUGGGUACCUCCCUGCCUUCUUUGGAGGCAGGGCAUGGCAGCAUUACCGGUCUAGAGGCCGUCGAUCAGAUUGUCGCUCAGCUCCCGCAUGCUCAGCUCGUCCAGCUCUUGGCGUACAUUCGCGACUGGAACACAUCGGCACGUACAUCGCCGAUGGCGCAGCUGAUUCUGCAUGCGAUCGUGCGUCAAAUUGAUGCCGACACGAUCCUCGAUGCGUUUGAGCAUGCGAAGCAGCAAGCCAAGAAGACGACGUCGAACGACGACAGCGUAGCGACAACCAAGGCACCUGCGCCCGUAUCCGCCACCGCCAUGAUCGAGGGGCUGUUGCCGUACACGGAGCGCCACUAUGCGCGCGUGGAUCGCAUGCUGGUAGAAAGUGCGAUGUUGGAGUACUCGCUCCAAGCUAUGGAUGCUGUGCUGGGCCCAUGGGACGAGGAGGAUGUCGAGGCGGAGGACAUGGUGGCUGCGGAGCACCACGACAACGACGAGGGCUCCAUGGCCGCGAUGGAGACGGACAGUGACGCAUCGGACGCAUAG